CGAUGUGACGUCAUAAGGCUCCGCCGGGCUGCUGCUGAAGAAAGAACAGCUCUGGUUGAAGGAACUGAGGUCCAUGUGACGCACUGUUAAAAAGAUGGCGUUUAUUAAAGUGGAGAGCGAAGACAUGAUGAUUGAAGAAGCGUUCAGAGUCAAGCAUGAAGAUCCCGAGGCACAAACAGAAGCGCCAAAGUCUUGUCCAGCCAGACUUCGUAUCAUUCUUCAAGACCAUGACAUUCGCAAACUGGACUUGCCUCAGGGAAUCCCUGGGACUGUGAGUGAACUUGAGUCUAUUGUGAGGAAGACAUUUGUCCUUAAUGGGAACUUUACUUUGCAUUAUAAGGAUGCUGAUUUCGGGGAGGAAUAUUUUUCUCUUACCUCAACAAGUGACAUCAAGGACAAGGACACAAUUAAGGUGAUUCACAUUGUUGAACCGCCUACACUUACUCUGACUUUUACUGAUGUGGAGAGUUCCAUUAAAAGUGCAUCAAAGACCUGCAUCCAAACCUCGGUCCACACUUCAGUGACCGACAUCUGUCCUUCUAUCAGCGGUUCCUUUUCUGGAUCGCAGGAUACACUGAUUCUUCCAUCAUCUGAACACAAGACUCAGCGUUCACAGCGUUGGCCUACUGAAUUCUCAGUACCUCGCUUUGCCUAUGAUACCGAACUUGUGCUUGCCGCAGGAAGUGAAGCUUUCAAGAAGGAUGGAAUUCAACUCAACUUUACACCAAUCCUUCCAGACAUCCUAGAGAAGCUGGCUGAAAACAUCUUUCAGUAUGUGGCCUACCCAACAAGUGCUCAGUUGUCUGAUGUUGCCGAGGCGCUGGUUCAGAAAUAUCCCUGCCUUAAAGAACCAGGCUCACAUAAUGGAUGCUAUGGAUGGCGACAGAGACUAAAAUAUAAAAUGGGCAACUAUAGAGCAAAACUGAGAGGGCUUGGAUGCCCUGAGCUCGAUGUUAACUCUCUCAAAAAGAAACGAGCACAUGAAAAAGCACCUGCAAAAAAUAUUAAAAAGCCAAGAAAAGCAGAGGUGAACUUUUUACCCCCUCACCCACAAGGAGAAACUGAAGAAAGCUUGGAAAAUGAAAGAGUGGAGCUCCUUAACGAAUUAAAGAGGGGUAUGAACUAUCAGAUAAUCAGUGAAAAAAUGGCAAAGACAUUCUCUAUUCGCAGGCAGGAAAUUGUCAGUCAAGCAACACCAAUCAAUGACUUAAAAUACAGAUGGCCUGCACUUUUUGAUGCAGCUCAGAUAAACGAAGAAUUCAGAAGGAUCACCACUGUUGACCUGGAGGCAACGUUCAUGGCAAAACUGGACCAGUACUCUCCUAAAAUGAUGUCCUUGGUGUUCUCAAGGGGACGGUCUUCAAAAAUGAGUAUUCAGCGUAUUAAGAACAUGCUGCUAGAGGAUUAUUCUUUGGAAAGCAGGAGAGAGGCUGCUAUCCGUUCCUUAGUAGUAUAUCUCAGAGAAAAUGAGGAAGAUCUGUUUAAAGAACAUUCGGAUGGUGGGGAUAUUGCCAAUGAAGUGAUGAAGAUUAUUAUAACUAGAGGUUCCACGAUAUCAGAACCAGCCAGUGCAAGGAUUGUGAUUGAGGGAACAGAAGUCCAGCAACACCUGGACGUAGCCAGGGCCUGUGCAUUGCUAAUGGGGCUAAUAUAUGCACUCAACCUCAGCUACCCAAAAGAACUGAAAAACACUUUUGAGGCAUUUCAAAAGAUCUUCCUUGAGCUGGAUGAUAUGAAAACUUGCCCAAAGGUAAUGUCUCUAAAAAACAAACUGCUGUAUUAAAACUGUGAUGAAUUAGGUUACUGUCAUCAAAUUCAAAUGUGAUGUGAAAAAGUUAAGUUGUGCAUACAAUUGAGCAGCUGUGCUCUUGACAGUUGGCAGUUUAUUAGUAACACCUAGAUAAAAAUGUAUGUUUAAAACAACAGCCCAAGCAAGAAUGGCGCUAGUUUUAGCUUGGUGGACACAAGUGAACUGGCAAUGAGUGUUGAUGAAAUUUCUCAUGUUUUCUUUUUUUUUUGUUCUUUUUGAAAGUAA